AUGGAUCAAAAUGUUUAUUCAGUUUCCUACAAUAAACUCAGAAGAAUUUACAGUAUUUUGGAGAUCAAAGAACCAAAAAGUGACAGGCCCCCUCAAAAAUAUUAUACGCCAUAUGAAGCAACAAAACCUGAUACCAUAUGGCAUGUAGAUGUUCAUUUUUUAUACGGUUCACAGAGGUUACCUGUUUAUGGUAUAAUAGACGAUAAAUCUCGGUUUUUGUUGGCUUUAAAAAUUUUGCCAAAUAAAUCUUCCGAAUCUACAACAAGAGUUGCCGAAGAAACGAUUGGCUUAUAUCAAAAGCCAUUUUGUUUCUGGUCCGACAACGGGGGAGAGAAUAUGGGCCAAUUUUAUAAUUGGCUCAUGCGAAACAACAUUCAAAUCCGCCACACUCUCCCCCAUAUGCCGCGCCAGAACGGCAAGAUUGAAAGGCUCUGGCCGUCUCUUGAAAGAAAUGUCGGCCGGUCUUCAAAUGCAAAACAAAUUCAAGAAUUUCUUGAUAAAUUCAGGAAAAAUUACAACUCAGUACCACAUAAAACCCUUCCCAAAAAGGGUUUUCGCCCCAUGACUCCAGAAGAGUGUUACAAUGAGACACCACAUUGGAAACAGGGUGAAACGCCAUUUUGGAGAGUUAUGAUUGAUGGACACUUCGAAAUCAAAGAAAUACCGAACCAUUGA